GUUAUGAGAAACACUCAGCAAACAUGUCAGAGAUGGAGGCAGAUGAUGCUUUCUCGGACGAAGGCUUCGAUGCCCAGACAACAGCUACCAGCUAUGUGACAAGCAUUGCCACUGAGAUUCGCGAAGGUAUUGAAGAAUAUGGUCGCAGAUAUGCUGCAUAUGGACGACAUUUCUACGGACUGCCUAUUGACGAAGAAGAGCAAGAACGGAAUGAUCUUCAACAUGAAAAAAUCAGAUUGCUUUACGAGAGCCGGCUUCAUCUUUCACCCAUGUGUCUGGAUCCACAGAAUAUCCUGGACCUAGGCACAGGAAAUGGAACGUGGGCAAUUGAAAUGGCCGACCACUACCCUACGGCUUCAGUCAUUGGAGUCGACCUGGCAGCUGUUCAACCUAAAUGGGUGCCACCGAAUCUAACUUUCGAGAUCCUCGACGUUGAACAGGAGUGGUUGUACCCCAAAAACAGCUAUAACCUCAUCCAUGGAAGGGAGCUGAUCUUUGCGAUCCGCGAUUGGCCUGCUUUGAUAGCCCAGGCCUACGAACACCUCAAUCCCGGCGGCUACCUGGAGUUGGCCGUGACGGUGCCCGAGGUUGGCUGCGAUGAUGGCACCUGCCCCGAAGGUUCGUGCUAUCGUGCAAUGGGAAGGAUGCAUUUCCAGAUAGCUGAAGCUAUGGGGAUCGAUGGCUUUGCGGCAAAGAAAUGGAAAGCCCAAUUGGAAUCGCAAGGGUUUGAAGAUGUACAUGAAAGGGUGUUCAAGAUACCGACGAACCGAUGGCCCAAGGAUAAAAGAUUGAAAACGAUCGGUGCUCUCGAAGUCGCCAAUUUCCUGCAGUACUCGUCGGCUGGAUUCGAAAGAGGUGCGGUUGGCCUGUUGGGUAAAGAUCCAGCUGCAUUACAGGUCAUGCUCGCUGCCACGAGGAAGGAGAUAUUGGAUCGAAGUGUUCAUUCUUAUGUCUACUUUAUCAAUGUCUAUGGGCGUCGACCUCUUGCACAUACCCGGAACCAGACAACUCGCACGCAAGUCACAUCUAAUAAUACACAGCGGCAUGGAAGGUGAGAUUUUGUGGUACACCUUUCGCUACUUCUGCCGGCGGUAAGAGGGAGUACCUUUCCUCCUCACGAUUCGACCAGGCACUCCACUUCGACCACGAGACGCGGUCGACAGGG